CUUCGGAAUCCCUCGGGAGUUUCCCAGGCACUCUCAUUUAUUUCCCCACAUUGUGAUUUGCACGUAACUCUGUACAAACGUGCAGACUGUUCCUUCAGCGAACAUCCAUUUGGUCUAGCGCGCAGUAUAGUAUUCAAAUGACCACAAGCAUCGCUGACGCAGUUUCUCGUUUUCAGUGUUCACCUGCGUUUAAAGCGCUUGAUUACACCCGGGUCGGUGCUUCAAUCAGAUGCAUCGCAGCAAGAAAACAAUGUGCCGUAUUUCACGCUAAGCGCAGUUUCAUUCGAAACAGCAGAGCAGUUACUUGCGCGGUUCAAGAAAAUAAAACUCCGUUUGAUAUCGAGCAAAGUGCCGAUGAUCGCAUGGAAAAAUCGGUUGACUCGAUAAGAAACAAUUUGAACACUGUGCGAACUGGGCGGGCAAAUGCAGCCAUCUUGGACCGCAUCGAAGUGGAGUAUUAUGGUUCAGUAACACCAUUGAAGUCCCUUGCGAACAUCACUACACCCGAUGCUCAGACCAUCAUCAUCCAGCCCUUCGAUAAAAAUAUAAUUGAUGAUGUAGAGAAGGCCAUUAUGUCGAGUGACUUGGACCUCAUGCCAGGAAACGAUGGUAACUGCAUUCGCCUCAAUAUUCCUCCACUUACAGCUGAGCGUAGACGAGACCUGGCCAAACUUGUGUCUAAGCUUGGUGAGGACGGCAAGGUCGCGCUCCGAAAUGUUCGACGUGAUACGUUAAGAAGUAUCGGAAAGCUAAAGGGAUACUCUGAAGAUGAAAUCAAGUCUCUUGAAAAUAAUGUCGAGAAAAUGACUUUGAAGCACACAACAGACGUAGAUGAGGUGGUUCGAAAAAAAGAGGAUGAAAUUUCAAAAGUUUGAACGUGCGACGGACAUGAUUGAUUAAAUACACGAAUGCGAACACUAUUAUCCACCGAAACAUGUCUUCUGAACGGAACAGCGACUUCCAUGCCACGUACAUUACAGUAGACUACCAAUGCAGACUACCUCUUGAGACAUCUGAUAGAAUGCACGCCAACACCUUCUUGUUUUCGGCAUGUCACUGCAGGCAUAUUGGAACCGUGAAGGGCAUUUCCUCUAGUCCAAGUUUGGGCACAAGAAUAGAUUUAUGAGAUGGGAUUUCUGCGACAUCUGUCCAACGAACUUCUAUUCGCCUCCUCGAAACUUCAGCAAGCAGUCCGUUCAGUGCUUUGUUACUACCAAGAGCCUGAGAAACGGCAGUUCUCAAGUCUCUCACACAGCCCUCUUCGAUGACACUGAUAGCUAACUGCGUGGCCGCAUGCACCGCUGAUACGGAACCGACUAUAUCACAGAAUCCGGAGUUGCGUUUAACGCGCAAGUUCGCCCCCGAUUUCCCGAUCAACUCCUGAAUUUUAGACCCACCCUUACCUACGACGCGUGAAGCGUGCAACCCGCAAUUCAAGGAUAUCCCAAAUAGACCGGAAUCAUUCAUUACCGGAUCUGACAUAGUUAUUCUGAAAGGCGCUAGGCCUACAUGCAACAAACGAUUGUGGUCAUUGCAAUCGGCCAUUUUUCGAUCCGUGGAGACGCCUUCACAGCAGAGCAGCAAGUCAUAGUUUUACUAACUACGGAAAUACGAAAGUACUUUCGUACUUUCGUACAUCCUUCGAAGGUGCGAAGAUAGAAUAUUAUCUAUUUCCGGAAGUACGUACGCGCUACGUGUACUACAGUAGCCUUACUAGUAGCUACCUUCGUAGCUACGAAGUUACUUUCGUACGAAAAUACGAAAGUACCUUCGAAGAUAGAAUACCUCAAGGUACAAUUUACUUCCGGAAGUAUUCUAUUUCCGUACUUCCGAUGGAUAGUAGAUAGAGCUGAAUAAAUCAAA